ACACAAAAUUCAUUCAGUGCUGAGCUGUCCGAUGAGGCGGGAACACGUAUUCUUUCCACCUGCUAUUCAGUGCGACUGCUUUCAAUCACAAGUGUUUCCUCUUUCGUUUGUCUCUCUCGCCUCUUGCAGUCUGAUCCUUGUCCGAGGACACUGAGGUCUCGUCCCAGCAAAUAUUGCAUCCGCAUGGAAAAAGUGUGAAGAAAUCGUAAGACUAAUCUACACUUUUCGUCCAAAAGGUUUUCGAACAUUUUUGAAAAUUUUGUCCAGAAUUUAAAGUAUUGUGGAGCAAAUUGUGAUGUGACGUCAUGUGUUGACAUGAGACAGUGAUUCUGGUGGUCACUUUCCAUUUUUGGAGAUAAAAUAUGCGAUUUGUGUGACGAAGACUGUGAGAUAGAAACGGCAGAUUGCUGCAACAUUCCCUCCAAGUGAUGUAGAUUAGGUGACUCUUUUCCUGUGGAUUGUAUUUCCGCACCCGCCUGAUGAAUCUCGCACAUGUGGCCAGUAUUUUGAAAUUCAAAUCCUUGCACACAAUCUGUUAAGAACAGAGUAAAUCCCCAGUGACUCUCUAAAAUCUUUGUGGUAGUAGCAUCAAACAAAAGAAUCACAGUGUUUGGAGUUGACAAGAAUUGCAAUUACGAGGUGAGGGAGACGCCGAGGAGCACGCUAGAAAGGUGACAUCGACGACAGCUCGACGGUUACAAUUUAAUGGUUUUCAUGAAUGGACUCGGCCCAGACCCUCUGCCAGCCAAAGAGGCAGAGGGCCCUCCAGUUCAGCUAGAACCUGUGGAUCUCAGUCUACGAUCACCUCGUGAUACUCCAACGAGAACAAACAACCUAAAACGACCACCCCCACCGUUGAUGUUGGCUCCGCACUUGCUAGGAACCAAAAGACCAAAAGAUAUUCUCUCAUCACGAAAGUACCUUAACUCCACACUGACCGGUGCCAGUGGAAUUUCCAACAAUAAUAACAGCAGCAAUAACAACAAUAACAUCACAGUUCCCAGUCACUUUUCCACAGAGGGUGAGCAUUCGGCGCCACUCAGUGGUAUUUUGCUGCGGGGCGAGGGAAAUGUACAUUUGCAGACCAGAGUGGAGUUUGGGAAGAGCAAGAAGAUUCACAAAUGUGAUGCAGAUGGAUGUGACAAAGUGUACACCAAGAGUUCCCACCUCAAAGCACACAAAAGGACACAUACAGGGGAGAAACCGUACGUGUGCACAUGGGAAGGAUGUGUUUGGCGUUUUGCACGAUCAGACGAGCUGACACGCCACUUCCGGAAGCACACAGGUCUCCGGCCGUUCUGCUGCAAAAUGUGCACCCGGUCCUUCAGUCGCUCAGACCACCUGGCACUGCACAUGAGGCGUCACUAGCCAGAAUUUGCACCUUUUGAACGCAAAGUGCUGUCUUGCCACCGGUCUCGCUGACUUGUCGUGUUUUUAUUUUAACUCUUCCUUCGCUGCAGAUCUCUCGAGGGGCAAUUUGUCUGGUGGAACUUUGACUCGACAGAGAUUUCCGAUGUGAUUCACAGAUAGUGAGUUGGUAUACGGGAGAGGAUAUAGAGAUUUGCAGGAAGUGCCAUUCUACAUCAAGGUUCUCUUGGACAUUUUUGGGGCGCGGGGGUGGGAGUUUCAAAGCCAGUUUAAACACACGCAAUAAUCCCAAUUAUAUUGUCUGAAAGUUUUAGAUUUUGUGGUUUAGAUAUUCAUAUAUAGGUAUUCUUCUCUGAUUUACUUAACGGUUGCAUGGGCAUUAAUUUAAAUUAUUUUGUAGUUUGUUUUUUUUUUUUAAACAGAAAGAAAACACCAAUAUUGCCACAAAAUCCAUACUAUAUUGAUCGUUGAGUGAUGAUGAAGAUCAUUUUAAGCAAAAAAAAAAAGAAAUAUUCGUAAAAUAUUUAAGCCAGUUUAUGGGGCCAGUAAAUCAAUUGUACAAUAAAUUAUUUAUUCUAGAAAGAGAUAGAGAGAGAGAGAGUGAAAGAAAGGAGUGAAAGAAGAAUUUUAAUUUUUAUAGUGUAAGUUUUAAUAAUUCCAGUGAAACCAUAUGGUCAGUUUUUUUUACAUUGAGUAAUAUAUUCCUUUUUAUUGAAUUUUAGAUAAAAGAAAGAACUUUUGCGUGCAAAAAGAUCUACAUUUAAUGUGUCUGUAAUUUUAUUAGCCAGAAAUACUAGUUGCAAUAUAUUUUUUUUUCAUCUAAUAUAUCGUAAAAUCUUAGACUAUAUAUUUAAUUUCUACCUAAAUACCAUAUUAGGCGUAGUUGAUAAUUAUUUCUCAAUUGAAUAAGCAAUAAAAUGACCAAUUAAAUAAAACAUAGAAGUGGUUUUGUUGCUUGAAUAAUUUUUAAUGGAGCUAAAAUUUCAAUACAAUUUAAUAAUAAUUUUCACUUCAAAAGGAGAUAGAAAAAAAAAAGAAGUUUUCCCAGAGAAAAAGAUUGGAAAUGACAAAUUGAUGGAAUACGAUGUGGUUUUUUUUAAUAAAUAUUUGCAAUAAAUCUCACUAGAUAGUAAUGUGAAAGACAGUUAAAAUAUGAAAUAUAUUUCAAUUAUGUACAGUUCGAUUUAUGGGUAAAACGUCCUCGAGUUGAACACUAAUAAUCCCAAUUAAAUGUUAAAUUUACGAUUUUUAUCCCUCCUGCCUUUUUAAAAGAGUUGUAUCGUGUAUGAAAUGUUUAUAAGUUUAGAGUGUCUAUAAGGAGGAAAAAAAAAGAAAACUAUAUAAUAAAUGGUGCUAAUUGAAAGUUUUACGAUAAAACUAUUCCCUCUCAAUUCUAUUCCAAUAUUCUCUUUCAAUGUGUUUUUUUCUUUCUUUUUGGUACAAUGUAAAUAAGACAUGAUAUGAUACUUUUAAAAGCUGCCUUGUGAUAUUUUUUAAAAACUAAUUAAUUAACUCUGAUAAAAAUUCAAACAUUGAAACACGACAGGUGAUGAAAAUUGUGAGAGCAUUUUGGGCACUAUUGAGAAAAAAAAACAAGAAACAAAUUAGAAAGCAUCUCAUUCACCAAAAAAAGAGACUAAUCUAAUUAAACGCAAACAUCUCAAUUUUGGAGGAUCAGUUUUUUGCUUAUGGUUUUAAAGACAAAUUUUCUCAAUUCUUUUGCAAUUGACUCAAAUGCGAUGAUUUUUGAGAGCUCCCGUAAUUGCUGAGAUAGCCAGAGCAGUGUUGCAAGAUAAAAAGCACACAGAGAUUGAUUGAUUUUUCUACACAGAGAAAUCUCAACUGAAGAGAAUAAUUAAUUAUAUCGUUAAGUAAUAAUGCAGACACGAAAAGAAAAUCAGAUCAUAAAUGUAUGAGAUUAUAGGUAACAAGUGUAUUUUUUUUUCAACUUCUCCAAUGUAUUUUUUUUAAUUUAGUUUAUUUUGUCCUGUUCUUUCUGUAAAUUUUGAUAUUAUUUUCGUAUUUUGAAAUCUCAUGUAAAUGUUGAUUUUACAAUAUAGUUCUUAUAAUAUAGAUUUAA